AUGUCGUUGGUGAAGCCGUGGAGGACACAGGAGUUGUCGAUGAGGCUGUGGACGAUCCCGAUGUCGUUGGUGAAGCCGUGGAGGACACAGGAGUUGUCGAUGAGGCUGUGGACGAUCCCUGAUGUCGUUGGUGAAGCCGUGGAGGACACAGGAGUUGUCGAUGAGGCUGUGGACGAUCCCGAUGUCGUUGGUGAAGCCGUGGAGGACACAGGAGUUGUCGAUGAGGCUGUGGACGAUCCCUGAUGUCGUUGGUGAAGCCGUGGAGGACACAGGAGUUGUCGAUGAGGCUGUGGACGAUCCCUGAUGUCGUUGGUGAAGCCGUGGAGGACACAGGAGUUGUCGAUGAGGCUGUGGACGAUCCUGAUGUCGUUGGUGAAGCCGUGGAGGACACAGGAGUUGUCGAUGAGGCUGUGGACGAUCCUGAUGUCGUUGGUGAAGCCGUGGAGGACACAGGAGUUGUCGAUGAGGCUGUGGACGAUCCCGAUGUCGUUGGUGAAGCCGUGGAGGACACAGGAGUUGUCGAUGAGGCUGUGGACGAUCCUGAUGUCGUUGGUGAAGCCGUGGAGGACACAGGAGUUGUCGAUGAGGCUGUGGACGAUCCUGAUGUCGUUGGUGAAGCCGUGGAGGACACAGGAGUUGUCGAUGAGGCUGUGGACGAUCCUGAUGUCGUUGGUGAAGCCGUGGAGGACACAGGAGUUGUCGAUGAGGCUGUGGACGAUCCUGAUGUCGUUGGUGAAGCCGUGGAGGACACAGGAGUUGUCGAUGAGGCUGUGGACGAUCCUGAUGUCGUUGGUGAAGCCGUGGAGGACACAGGAGUUGUCGAUGAGGCUGUGGACGAUCCUGAUGUCGUUGGUGAAGCCGUGGAGGACACAGGAGUUGUCGAUGAGGCUGUGGACGAUCCUGAUGUCGUUGGUGAAGCCGUGGAGGACACAGGAGUUGUCGAUGAGGCUGUGGACGAUCCCUGAUGUCGUUGGUGAAGCCGUGGAGGACACAGGAGUUGUCGAUGAGGCUGUGGACGAUCCUGAUGUCGUUGGUGAAGCCGUGGAGGACACAGGAGUUGUCGAUGAGGCUGUGGACGAUCCUGAUGUCGUUGGUGAAGCCGUGGAGGACACAGGAGUUGUCGAUGAGGCUGUGGACGAUCCUGAUGUCGUUGGUGAAGCCGUGGAGGACACAGGAGUUGUCGAUGAGGCUGUGGACGAUCCUGAUGUCGUUGGUGAAGCCGUGGAGGACACAGGAGUUGUCGAUGAGGCUGUGGACGAUCCUGAUGUCGUUGGUGAAAGCCGUGGAGGACACAGGAGUUGUCGAUGAGGCCGUGGACGAUCCUGAUGUCGUUGGUGAAGCCGUGGAGGACACAGGAGUUGUCGAUGAGGCUGUGGACGAUCCUGAUGUCGUUGGUGAAGCCGUGGAGGACACAGGAGUUGUCGAUGAGGCCGUGGACGAUCCUGAUGUCGUUGGUGAAGCCGUGGAGGACACAGGAGUUGUCGAUGAGGCCGUGGACGAUCCUGAUGUCGUUGGUGAAGCCGUGGAGGACACAGGAGUUGUCGAUGAGGCCGUGGACGAUCCUGAUGUCGUUGGUGAAGCCGUGGAGGACACAGGAGUUGUCGAUGAGGCUGUGGACGAUCCUGAUGUCGUUGGUGAAGCCGUGGAGGACACAGGAGUUGUCGAUGAGGCUGUGGACGAUCCUGAUGUCGUUGGUGAAGCCGUGGAGGACACAGGAGUUGUCGAUGAGGCCGUGGACGAUCCUGAUGUCGUUGGUGAAGCCGUGGAGGACACAGGAGUUGUCGAUGAGGCUGUGGACGAUCCUGAUGUCGUUGGUGAAGCCGUGGAGGACACAGGAGUUGUCGAUGAGGCUGUGGACGAUCCUGAUGUCGUUGGUGAAGCCGUGGAGGACACAGGAGUUGUCGAUGAGGCUGUGGACGAUCCUGAUGUCGUUGGUGAAGCCGUGGAGGACACAGGAGUUGUCGAUGAGGCUGUGGACGAUCCUGAUGUCGUUGGUGAAGCCGUGGAGGACACAGGAGUUGUCGAUGAGGCUGUGGACGAUCCUGAUGUCGUUGGUGAAGCCGUGGAGGACACAGGAGUUGUCGAUGAGGCUGUGGACGAUCCUGAUGUCGUUGGUGAAGCCGUGGAGGACACAGGAGUUGUCGAUGAGGCUGUGGACGAUCCUGAUGUCGUUGGUGAAGCCGUGGAGGACACAGGAGUUGUCGAUGAGGCCGUGGACGAUCCUGAUGUCGUUGGUGAAGCCGUGGAGGACACAGGAGUUGUCGAUGAGGCUGUGGACGAUCCUGAUGUCGUUGGUGAAGCCGUGGAGGACACAGGAGUUGUCGAUGAGGCUGUGGACGAUCCUGAUGUCGUUGGUGAAGCCGUGGAGGACACAGGAGUUGUCGAUGAGGCCGUGGACGAUCCCUGAUGUCGUUGGUGAAGCCGUGGAGGACACAGGAGUUGUCGAUGAGGCCGUGGACGAUCCUGAUGUCGUUGGUGAAGCCGUGGAGGACACAGGAGUUGUCGAUGAGGCUGUGGACGAUCCUGAUGUCGUUGGUGAAGCCGUGGAGGACACAGGAGUUGUCGAUGAGGCUGUGGACGAUCCCUGAUGUCGUUGGUGAAGCCGUGGAGGACACAGGAGUUGUCGAUGAGGCUGUGGACGAUCCUGAUGUCGUUGGUGAAGCCGUGGAGGACACAGGAGUUGUCGAUGAGGCUGUGGACGAUCCUGAUGUCGUUGGUGAAGCCGUGGAGGACACAGGAGUUGUCGAUGAGGCUGUGGACGAUCCCUGAUGUCGUUGGUGAAGCCGUGGAGGACACAGGAGUUGUCGAUGAGGCUGUGGACGAUCCUGAUGUCGUUGGUGAAGCCGUGGAGGACACAGGAGUUGUCGAUGAGGCUGUGGACGAUCCUGAUGUCGUUGGUGAAGCCGUGGAGGACACAGGAGUUGUCGAUGAGGCUGUGGACGAUCCUGAUGUCGUUGGUGAAGCCGUGGAGGACACAGGAGUUGUCGAUGAGGCUGUGGACGAUCCUGAUGUCGUUGGUGAAGCCGUGGAGGACACAGGAGUUGUCGAUGAGGCUGUGGACGAUCCUGAUGUCGUUGGUGAAGCCGUGGAGGACACAGGAGUUGUCGAUGAGGCUGUGGACGAUCCCGAUGUCGUUGGUGAAGCCGUGGAGGACACAGGAGUUGUCGAUGAGGCUGUGGACGAUCCCUGAUGUCGUUGGUGAAGCCGUGGAGGACACAGGAGUUGUCGAUGAGGCUGUGGACGAUCCUGAUGUCGUUGGUGAAGCCGUGGAGGACACAGGAGUUGUCGAUGAGGCUGUGGACGAUCCCUGAUGUCGUUGGUGAAGCCGUGGAGGACACAGGAGUUGUCGAUGAGGCUGUGGACGAUCCCGAUGUCGUUGGUGAAGCCGUGGAGGACACAGGAGUUGUCGAUGAGGCUGUGGACGAUCCUGAUGUCGUUGGUGAAGCCGUGGAGGACACAGGAGUUGUCGAUGAGGCUGUGGACGAUCCUGAUGUCGUUGGUGAAGCCGUGGAGGACACAGGAGUUGUCGAUGAGGCUGUGGACGAUCCUGAUGUCGUUGGUGAAGCCGUGGAGGACACAGGAGUUGUCGAUGAGGCUGUGGACGAUCCCUGA